AUGCAGAUCUUCGUCAAGACAAUCACCGGGCACACUCUCACGCUCGAGGUCAAGGGCACCGACACCGUCGACACCGUCAAAGCUCGGAUCCAGGACAAGCAAGGGAUCGCCGGCGCCGCCUCCCAGGACCCGCACCAGCUGCCGUCGCUCGUCUUCGCCGGGAAGCAGCUAGACGAGGAGGACGGCCGGACGCUGGCCGACUACGGCAUCGGCAAGGAGUCGACGCUGCACCACGUGCUCGGCCUCCGCGGCGGGAUGCAGAUCUUCAUCAAGACCAUCACCGGGCAGACUCUCACGCUCGAGGUCAAGAGCACCGACACCGUCGACACCGUCAAAGCUCGGAUCCAGGACAAGCAAGGAAUCACCGGCGCCGCCUCCCAAGACGACCCGCACCAGCUGCCGUCCCUCGUCUUCGCCGGGAAGCAGCUCGACGAGGACGACGGCCGGACGCUGGCCGACUACGGCAUCGGCAAGGAGUCGACGCUGCACCACGUGCUCGGCCUCCGCGGCGGCUUCCGGCAACGUAGCUGGUACCCCCACAUCAGCCCCACCCUCCUAGCGCUUGCGCUCCGCUACAACGAGAACAAGAUGAUCUGCCGCAAGUGCUAUGGACGUCUUCCUCCGGGGGCUACCAACUGCCGCAAGAAGAAGUGCGGCCACACCAAUGACCUAAGGCCGAAGAAACGUUUCGAUGGUAGAGCAGGUUUACGAGGGAAAUAGUGACAUCCAUAUGAUGUACCUACCACAAGGCGACCAUAAGGACCGAUUAUAUAUGCUCCCCUCUGCACCAGUGAUCAGCAUCUC